GGCGUGGCUGCAGACUUGGCACGUGAUUUAAAGGUUGCCUGCUUGGUGAAUGAGCGUUGGGGUAGUCGGAAGUGUGGCUAACUCUGGUCGCUCGGCUACAAAGGACGGGAAGUAUGGCUUCCAUUCACACUCUUGGCAAGUAGGAUCGAGAGUGCGUCCUGGAAUACUGGUUCCCAAAGGAUUUCACGACCGUGUCUGAUUUAGAAUGAAAUUGUUGCCUCAGGCCAGUUUCUUAGGUUUUCGAAUAGAAAAGUCGGUAGAAUAGUGAGUAGGUCGUCGACUGAGGGGCAGGAAGCAGGCUCCAGAGUUCGGAUCCCGGGAAAAGCUCGCCACGUCGAAAGUACUGAGGACACCUAGGUUUCCUUCCUAGGGCCAUGGCGGACUCGAAGCUGCUGGUGCCAGAGCUAAGCGAGACAGAGACGAUGGAUGAUGAGACAGCGCGGUUCGAGGAGCUGCUGCUGCAGGCUUCCAAAGAACUCCAUCAAGCCCAGACAACCAGAUCAGAAUCUACACAGAUCCAACCUCAGGCUGGUUUCUGCAUAAAGACCAACUCUUCAGAAGGGAAGGUUUUCAUCAACAUCUGUCACUCUCCCUCCAUCCCACCUCCGGCUGACGUGACCGAGGACGAGCUGCUUCAAAUGCUGGAGGAGGACCAGGCUGGGUUUCGCAUCCCCAUGAGUCUGGGAGAGCCACAUGCUGAACUAGAUGCAAAAGGCCAGGGCUGUACCGCUUACGAUGUGGCUGUCAACAGUGACUUCUACUGGAGGAUGCAGAACAGCGAUUUCUUGCGGGAGCUCGUGGUUACCAUCGCCAGGGAGGGCCUUGAGGACAAAUAUGGCUUGCAGCUGAAUCCAGAAUGGCGCAUGUUGAAGAAUCGGACGUUCAUGGGCUCCAUCUCGCAGCAGAACAUCCGCUCCCAGCAGCGUCCUCGGAUCCAGGAGCUGGGGAACCUGUAUACGCCCAGCUCCCGGCCCGCUGAGGAAGGCCCUGAGAAACCUCACCUGAACCUUUGGCUGGAAGCGCCUGACCUCCUCUUGGCUGAAAUUGACCUCCCCAAACUGGAUGGAGCCCUGGGGCUGUCGUUGGAGAUCGGGGAGAACCGCCUGGUGAUGGGGGGCCCCCAGCAGCUGUAUCACCUGGAUGCUUACAUCCCCUUGCGGAUCAACUCUGAGGAGAGCAAGGCAGCCUUUCACCGGAAGAGAAAGCAACUUAUGGUGGCCAUGCCCCUUCUGUCGGUGCCUUCCUGACCAGAAUUUCUCCCCGUGCAUCCAAAUGUAGAGAAAAGGCUGGUGGCUUCUCUAGCUUGAAAUAAAAGAUACUUGCCUUUG